UAUCCUAAUCUAUUACUUUGAUAAUGAUGUUUAAACAUCCUUAAUCAUUGUUAUUAUCGGUAAAUAGUAUGAAAAUUUAAAUGUUCAUGAGUCAAGAUUGUCUUAUCAGUUCGGCGCUGGUGCACUCGAGGGUCGGCCAUAUUUGUAAUUCACUUCUGUCAGCUGACGACCGGUUCUACUCUAAGUAUCUACAAGAAAUUCCAAGUAACAGGCAAAUAAUGGACGUGUUAGUCAUAGGCUGUGGAGCAUCGGGUAUAGCCGCCCUAAGGAAACUCCAUGACGCUGGACUAAAGGUUUUGGGCCUGGAAGCUGAAGACAGAAUCGGGGGCAGGAUUAAGACUGUUCAAUAUGGAGACUGUUAUUUGGACGUGGGUGCUGCAUGGUGCCACGGUGAAAAAGACAACAUCGUGUUUGAAAUAGCGAAUCCCCUAGGUCUCUUAGGACGUCCUAAGCCUGACCACAAAUGGUACGUGCUAUCCAACGGCGAGCUACUCCGGUCGGACGUUAGUGAGGGGAUCCUGACUGCCUUGGAUGGAGAAGUCGCUAAAGCUGAUAAAAACACAAAGCAAUCCAUUUCUGAAUGUGUUAGGAAAGCAGCUAAAACCAACCCUACAUUGAAAAAGGAGAAACUAUCCCAGGCUUUCGUAGAAUGGUUUGAGAGAAAUAACCAUGUCGGCGGUCAAACUGAUCCGAUUAAAGGGAAGUCCCUAAAGGGUUUGGAAGAGAAUUGGGGUUGUGAAGGUGAAUUUAUGCUGAACUGGAAAGGGAGAGGUUAUAGGACUAUCUUGGAUGUCUUAUUGAAUAAAUUCCCCGAGCCCUCGAAAGAGUUGCCAAUUCAAAUACACUUCAAGAAAGAAGUAGAAACGAUAAAGUGGCGCUCGAGUCAAGCGGGCAACCCCCUCGUGCACGUCAAGUGCAAGGAUGGGAGUCUCUACUCCGCUAAAAGCGUUAUUGUUACCGUGUCUUUGGGAGUUUUGAAAGAAAGACACAACAAACUGUUCAAUCCGCAGCUGCCAGCUGAAAAAAUAAAUACCAUAAACAAUCUACAACUCUGCGUUCUAGAUAAGAUAUACAUUGAAUUUAGCAAGCCUUGGUGGCCAGAAACUCCCGCUAGUUUCACUAUAAUAUGGCAAGAAGAAGAUAGAGCUAAAUUGAGUAAAGACGAACAAUGGAUUACGGAGAUAUCUGGCUUUAAUACAGUAGAAUACCAUCCUAAUGUACUAUUGGCGUGGAUUUAUGGUAACGCCGCUGAAAAAAUGGAGAAAUUGACAGUGGAAGAAGUGAAGUUUGGCGUUGAGAAGCUGUUGAAUGUGGUGUUUAAGAAGAGUUUUGAUGUAUCGCCUGUUAAAUUUGUCACCAGAACGGAAUGGGCUUCUAAUCCAUUUGCAAGAGGCUCAUAUUCGUACCGCAGUGUAGCCAACGAAGAGAAAGGCGGUAGCGCUAUAAUUCUAAGUGAACCCUUGUAUUAUGGGGAGAAUUUCCCCAUUGUUUGCUUUGCUGGGGAAGCAACUUCCCACCAUAGACACGCAUCGGUCCACGGCGCCAUAGAAUCUGGGUUUAGGGAAGCCGAUAGAUUGAUCGCCAGCUUCAAGAAAUGAUUUUUAUUACUGGCAACUCUAUACCAGUUCUUUUUUGUGAUGUUUUUGUACGUGUAAAUUGUUGGAUCUAAUAUUUUUAUUGUUAAAAUA